CUUAUACGACACAGUCUAUUGAAGCUGGUCCAAAAUCAAUCCAUUGAGUUUAAUAAUUAAACCGGAGUUUAGCUUUGACGGUUUCAAGAGGGGGAUCGCAUCACCUAUAUAAACUCCGCUACACACCCGCUCUUCUUCCUCCAUCGUCAUCAGAUUUAGCGUUCCCUCACCAAUCUCAGCUCCAUCUUCUUCGUUAGUGUGUAGACCACAGAGGCUUGCACAAAGAUUUUACAAGCGAAAAAAAAAUGGUGAAGAUAUGCUGCAUUGGAGCUGGAUACGUCGGUGGUCCAACCAUGGCCGUCAUUGCACUAAAAUGCCCAUCCGUCGAAGUAGCCGUCGUCGACAUCUCAGUCCCAAGGAUCACCGCCUGGAACAGCGACCAGCUCCCCAUCUACGAGCCAGGUCUCGACGACGUCGUCAAACAGUGCCGCGGAAAAAACCUCUUCUUCAGCACCGACGUCGAGAAACACGUCAGAGAGGCCGACAUCGUCUUCGUCUCCGUCAACACCCCUACCAAGACCCGCGGCCUCGGAGCGGGCAAGGCCGCGGACUUGACUUACUGGGAGAGCGCUGCUCGCAUGAUCGCUGAUGUUUCCGUUUCCGACAAGAUCGUGGUAGAGAAAUCGACCGUCCCUGUCAAAACCGCGGAGGCCAUCGAGAAGAUCCUCACGCACAACAGCAAAGGGAUCAAGUUCCAGAUCCUCUCAAACCCCGAGUUCCUCGCCGAAGGAACCGCCAUCGAGGACCUUUUCAAACCCGACCGUGUGCUUAUCGGCGGCCGCGAAACCCCAGAAGGGUUCGCGGCCGUGAAAGCCUUGAAAGACAUUUAUUCCCAGUGGGUACCCGAAGAGAGGAUCCUCACCACUAAUCUCUGGUCCGCCGAGCUCUCCAAGCUCGCAGCUAAUGCCUUUUUAGCUCAGAGGAUCUCAUCUGUGAACGCGAUGUCAGCUCUAUGCGAGGCAACGGGGGCUAAUGUCACUGAGGUGUCCUACGCCGUCGGUAAAGACUCAAGAAUCGGUCCCAAGUUCUUGAACUCGAGCGUCGGCUUCGGCGGGUCUUGUUUCCAGAAGGACAUCCUCAACUUAGUCUACAUCUGUGAAUGCAACGGCUUACCAGAAGUCGCCGAGUACUGGAAACAAGUCAUCAAGAUCAACGACUACCAGAAAACAAGAUUCGUCAACCGAAUCGUCUCCUCGAUGUUCAACACCGUCUCCAAUAAAAAGAUCGCUGUUCUCGGUUUCGCCUUCAAGAAAGACACUGGAGACACGAGAGAGACCCCGGCCAUCGAUGUCUGCAAGGGUUUGAUAGGGGACAAGGCUCGCAUCAGCAUCUACGACCCGCAGGUCACCGAGGAGCAGAUCCAGAGAGACUUGACCAUGAACAAAUUCGACUGGGACCACCCGCUUCACCUCCAGCCAAUGAGCCCCACUACUGUGAAGCAAGUCUCGGUGGCUUGGGACGCGUACGCCGCGACCAAAGACGCUCACGGGAUCUGCAUUUUGACCGAGUGGGAUGAGUUCAAGAAGCUGGAUUACGAGAAGAUCUUUGAGAAUAUGCAGAAGCCGGCUUUUGUGUUUGACGGGAGGAACGUGGUGGAUGCUGAGAAGCUGAGGAAGAUUGGGUUUAUUGUUUACUCUAUUGGUAAGCCGUUGGACCAGUGGCUCAAGGACAUGCCUGCUCUUGCUUAAACGGCUAAAACCAAACAAGCAAAACAAAACUCUUCCUUUAGCUUUUUAAUUUCAUGUUUUUCUCGAAUUAUCAUAUACUUUUGUUCCCUUUUUACUAUGUUUUGAUCAAUAAUUGUCGCUUUUGUUUUUCGUAUGAAAGUUCAACAGAGAUGUUUAGUUUUUU